GAGUGAGGAAAGCAAAGAAUAAAUAUUACUACGGACUGCUCUUCAUCGAACGAACAUUUACACCUAAUCAGUUUCAUUCAAUGCCUUUCGGUAAUUAGUUGUGCUUGUAAGUAGAAAUAAAAAGAAGACGCGAUUUCGUUUUCCCUCUUGCCCUAUAAUUGGACGAGAAAUUAAUUAUAAAUAGCAAAAAUACAAAACAAUAACAGAAACAACAAGAGCGAACAAAAUGAAAUUAACCAAUUUAAUGACGUUGGUAGCGACGGUAAUAUUCGUCAUAUUUGGCGUACAACUUAAUACUGUUGCAGCUCUAUGCCCUUGUCCCCGCAUUUAUGAUCCGGUAUGUGCCGAUAAUAUGAUAACGUAUAGCAAUCGCUGCGAAUUUGAAUGCUCUAAUACAGAAAUGAAACGCAGCGGACGCCAGCUAAGAGUACUGCGAUGGGGACAAUGUUAAGAAAAUUCAAAAAAUAAAAAAAAGAACAAAAUGCUAUUCUUCUUAUUGAUGAAAAUAUU